AUGUCUUUCCUUCAUGGAGUUUUAAAUGAAGUUCAUAGAAAUGAUAAUCUUUCGCCUUAUAAAAAGGCAUUAAAUGAAACUGUAACACUUUUAGAAAGCAAGCGCUAUGAAGGCAAAACAGGUUUGCAGUCUGUGAUUGACCAUGUCAAGCAGGGGAUUGGUCAGUGGUUGGUGGAUGUGGAGAAGAAGAAUGGGUAUGUUACUGGGCCAAUAAAUAAUCUUGACGUUGAUGUGGGAGUGUUUUUGAAGUAUUUUAGUGCACUGAAAGAUAAUAAUGAUUUUGAGGAACAGAAAAGCAAUUUGAAGUCUUCGAUUAAAUCCCUAAAACAACUUUCAUUUACGGCUUCUUCCAUUCCCAGUGCUCUUGACUAUAUCGACAAAAACCUCCAAAAAGAAUUAUCUCCGCACGUCUCCCUAAUUAAAGACAGAGUGGACACUUUCGUGGACUCCACUAAGCAGGAUCACGCGGGGCUUAAGAAGGUGUGUGAGAGGGUGGAUGAAAAGAUGAGUAUAAUAAUUGAACAUUCGGAAAGCGUGUCAGGAAAUGCCGCAAAUAAAAUCGAUAGUUUGACAACGUUUCUGAAAGGUGAAAUUAACACGCUUCACGAGCAUAUUAAGAAAGUUGUGCCAGGUGUCAAAAAGGCUAUCGAGGAGUUGGAAAAGUGGCUUAAAAACGAUAAUGGUUCAAACCUUCACAAUGCUUUGCAGAAGUGCGAUGCUGUAGUGAAGGCGCUGGAUGAAAAUGAAAGUACAUUUAAAACGCAUAUCGAGAAUAUUGAGCAAACUAGGCAGACGGUGUCGCAAGUUCAUAGUCAGCUUGGCGGAAUUGACACCUCUCUACAGCAGUGGAUUCAGAAGUCGGGAAGUACAAUACAAAGCGUGUUGGAUAAGGUUAACGCUAUCAUCUCUGCAGUUCAUGAAAGCAAAACGAGCAUAAUUACUCAGGCAGUUGAAAGUCUAAAAAGGCAGACUCAGAAUAUUUUCCUCGACUCUAAGAAACAACAACUUAAGGUCAUCGGGCACCAGGCAAAAGAGAAACUUACCGGGCUGGCCACCGCAGUUGACAGCUUGAUAAAUGAAAGAUUGAGGGAUGAGCAACGUGAGUAUUCGCAGUUGACGUCUUCGCUAAGUUCAACAGCGCUCAACGGCAGUCAACUGCAUCAGUGGAGUCAGGCAGCACUGAUCGUACUCGAUGUCGGAAAAAAUGUUGAUGAUGCAAUUAAACAUAUCUGGAAUAGAUAUGCACAAUUUGUGCAGUCACCGCAAUUAUCAUUGCCAUUAGAAAAAUGGCAGCAAUCGCAGCAGCAGCUGCCGGGACUUAAAUUUUUUGCGCAGCGGCAUCAGAAAUCAAGUGAAAUCGCGGAAGUUACUAGCCACCACCAAACGCUAAACAGUUAUGCAUCUGCCACUAGGGCGUUUAUGACAGCGUUUGUGGAAUCUAUAAAAGGCGGCGUUCAACUUGAAGUUCACAGUGCUACAACGAAUUUACAUAAUAUUUCUGAUUUGAAACAAUUAACUGAGUCUCUAAGUGGUGCACUGCAAUUGGCUCAGCAGCUUCACAAUAACCUUCAGCAGUUUACUCGUCAUAGUAGUUUUAGUAGUAUCCGUGAUGCUAACCGUGAGCUAAGCAGUUUAGUGCAUGAGGUGUCAAACUUCCAUACUACCUUUGAUAGAGAAACUAAAGCUGUAGAGAAAUUGGAAGAGAGUUUUACCACUAAUUUCGACAGGCUGGUGUCUGACGUUAAGACCGCUGCAGGUGAAAGUCAACCCACUGGAAUGAAGAAAACAUUAACGGAUUUGAGAGAAAAUAAAAUCCACAGUAAAGAGGAGGGCCAACUAGGAAAAAUUAAGAAUGAUAUUCACAGCCAGAUGAGUCAGUUGUUUCCCAAGAUUUCUGCCAUCAGCUCCGCUGUCGAGCAAAUUAAAGCACAGCUUAUUAAAGUUUCCGAAAUGGUGAAAAAAGGAAGCGAAAAAGAGACAAUUAACGGUUUUCUCGAAUCACUCAAGGGAGAGAUCUCUUCUCUUAAACAGUCUCUCACAGAUUUAAAAGCAGGUGACUUGACAUCGAUGAUUGCCAACGUUCAACAUGAAUUUGAUGAAGCCAAAAAAUUCAUCGUAAAGUACAUUCAAAGCACUUGUAAUGAAGCUAUUAGUAAUGCUAAGGUUGCUGGAAAAGAAAUCAAACAAUCCGCCCUCUCCCAGUUCGCCCAGGCCAAGGCCCACGCGCUCGAGCAGCUCAAGGCGCUGGUGGAAGAACAAAACGAGAUAAUUCAGAAUAAAAUUCAUAUAGACACCGAAACGGGAUUAAAAGGAUUCAUGAAAUUGUUUAAUACCAACUUUAUCCCGAAGAUUGAAGAGAUUGGAGGCAUUAAGCCUAAUUCCUUUACACCAGAAAAGUCUCCGCUGAACCAAGCUGCCGAAAAAGUAUGCGUCGGCUUCGAGAUGUUUUUCAAAAAUUUGGAAAAACAAAGAAAGGAGUUCGAAGAUUUCCCACCAGGCGUCAUUCAGCCUGACGCCAUGCUCCCUGAGGUGUCCAAAUAUGAGAGUGUAACUAACGCCCUGCUGAAACUUCUUGAAGGACUUCAUACAUCCAAACACUUCGACCACAAUUUCAGUGAUCACCUUAAAUCCCUCAACAAUGCAUUAUCUACAUUCUCCCCCGCCAAAUUCACUGACUCCUCCAGUCCCAUCCUGCAAGCGCUCAAGGACGGAAUCGGCGCCCUGGCCCAGCAACUCGGCUACGCAUAUGUAAGCACUUACUGCUGUAAGAAGUUUGACGGUGCGUUGCUUGAUCCUCAGGAUCCCCCUAAGACGUCAGACGACAAACGCAAAUUGACUGAGUACGGCAUGAUGCUGUCUAAGGUUUUCAUGACCUGUCUCCCUGGUUGGGGUAAACAUCUCGAUUGGCUGAGGAGGCAUUGUGAUCAGCAGCCGAAAAAAGGCCCAUGGAAUGGUCUGCAGAUUACUAAAUUAAAAAAUAAUCCCCUCGGACUCUGGCCGGGACAAUCGGGACGGGAGUUGCGGAACACAGAAAAAUGCAUUGGCAAUCAUAUUCAUGGUUUCCUCGUCGACAACCGGAAAGACCAAAAACGUCUCUACAGAAACGAUGAUGAAAAGCAAGAUCCCGGCACACUUAGGGAGGUCCGUCAUCAUGAGCACUUUGACUCACCAAAGCCUCCAACGACAGUAUCUCAUAUGCUGCAGUGGAUUACCGGACUGACGUAUAAUCCCAUGCUUGAAAAACUCGACUCACAUUUUACCACAAUGUUUCAAGGCCUGAAAAAAGCGUAUAAAUUAGACAAUCCGCACAUAGCUAUCACUAAGCCGUUCAGACUAAACCUCGGUGCCAACGAGGACAUUGUCGGAUCCGGCCACUUAAACGCUGUACUUCGCAGGGUUUGCGAAACGGCCGAAACUGUGUUAAUUUCCUUGCAGGGCCACGGCCACGCGGCUGGCCGCUACGCCUGUGAGUACAGUAGUAACGUAGAUAAACUGGACUAUACAACUAGCCCAUCUAGGUGUUUCGAUUUGCUAUGCGAAAUAUGCCUUAAAUUACACGAUCAGCUUAACUUCCUUUAUAGGCAUUGUUCUCAUCCAAGUAAACUCGGUGGGUGGCAAGACUGCUGGUAUGGCAACGGCGUCGCUGGUACAAGUUGGCAGUGCAAUAACUUGCAAUGCCCAGACCAACCAUACAACCAAGAGGGCAACCAAACACAUAGGCAAAGCUGCAACCAAAGCUGUAACCAAAGUGCUGACUGCGGUCUCAAGUCGCCGCUUCAAUCAUACUUAGAAGAUGGUCUCCCUGGUUUCCUUCCACACCACCUUAAAAAGCUUGGUUGUGGAGUGGAAUGUUCCCUCGGUAAGCAUAGGGGGUUACCAUGCCUAACUCCCAUGGGUUUCUCCGAAAUUGGCACGGUGGCAUCGCACAGGCAAAAAGGCGAAGAUCUUAAGAAAGUUCUUGAGAAAUUCUGUGGUCAACCAAGCAAACCGCUCACGCUAUUCUGCUCUUACGUCAAAUGCUUGCUACAUAUUCCGCCUCAAACACUUGGUGAUAUGUUUGCGUUUUACUACGGUUUCCUCAACGGGUGGAACGGCAGUGGCAUCCACAGGAAGGGAGCAUUUGAACAGGCUGUUCAAAAUGCCGAUUUCGAAAACACAAACACAACGCUUAAUGUUGGUACAAUGUUCCAGAGCAGUGAUCAUACAGGUACCUCAACAACCCAUGCGAAAGGAGACCUGUGCAGCCUCGUCACCUGCGAUGGAGGAAUCGCUACUCUGGACCCUGUCGGCACCUGCGGACCGUAUCUCAGACCGCUUUGUAUGGACAACCGCGGUAUUUAUUCUUCCACGUUCAAAAACUAUUACCUGUCUUGGAUUGUUUAUGCCACUGAAACAUUUUCCAGGUUGCUGAAGGACCUAUUGGAGGAGUGCCGUCAGAGUUGCGGGCUGCCCAAAUCUAAGUGUCAUACAACAAGCUGCGUUACAAAUUGCCGUACAGUUGUCUCUGACAUUACAUCUCCGAAUAGAAAUCACCAACAAGGCUGCAAAUCAAUUGUGAAAUGCAAGUCAACAUUACCCAAUUUGUAUAAAUAUGGAUUCUAUUUUGGUAACACGGAUAAUCUAAGCGGCACAGAAGAUAUUAGAACUAAGCGGACAUGUAACGAUUUCUGCGACGCAUUGGAUAGAGUCCUCAGCGAAGUGAAGGACAAGAAUGAUGUACUAGCCAAAUUGAUAUAUAAAACUAUUCCAAAAUUCUUAUGGGACAUCAGGAGUAAAUUCUCAUACCUCCUCCUAGCCCUCUGGUCGCUGUCGCUCCUCUACCUGCUGCACAUCGCCGUCGUCCGCCUCGACGUGCUGAGGAUACGCUCACACCUGCGCUCGCCCUCAAGCCACCGCAUCGCCGCGCAGUCGCUACUCGCCGCCGCACGCGUCAAGGCACUCGCCAACGUCAAGUACUUCUCACCAUAA